GUGUCAAUUGUGUCUGCAGUGUUAAACAAGAACUACGGUAUGACACGCAUGGAUCCCUAUGUCAGAAUGAGAAUAGGGCACCAAGUAUUGGAGACACAGACGGAUGUCAAUGGUGCAAAAAACCCACGCUGGAAUAAGACCUUUCAAGUGUACCAAUUGCCUAAAGGUGUGAACACAAUCCAUAUAGAAAUAUUUGAUGAGAGAACCCUAACAGAUGAUGAGCUUAUUGCUUGGGUCCACCUUCAGAUCCCAGAAAUUGUUUUCCAGGGUGAAACUGUUGAUGAAUGGUACAGUCUAAGUGGAAAACUUGGUGAGAGACAGGAGGGUAUGGUCAAUGUCGUGAUAUCUUAUACGACUGCACCUGCUACUGUAACACCAGUAAUGAUGAUGCCAGGGAUGUACCAAUACCCUGGUUAUACUUCAGUGCCGGUAUAUACCCUACCACCUGCUCAGCAACCAGCUUCAUCAGUACCACCAAGACAAAUUUCAGAAGAAGAACAAAAGCAGCUUGAAGAGAUGUUCCCAUCUGUUGAUGCAGAGGUAGUCAAGUCAGUCCUAGAGGCUUCUCAAGGGAACAAAGAAGUUGCAAUCAACUCUCUCCUUCAGAUGCAGGAGUCCUAAACCUGCCUAUUCUAUAGUCAUGAUGUUGUGCAGUACAGUACAGUAAGUUCAUAAAAAAAAAAGUGGAAAUAUGAGAAGUCACAUGUCUGUGAAAUCAUAUUUAUCUCUACCAUAAAAUGUAUCCACAUUCUUGUUUUAUUUGAAGAGAAUAUCACAUAAUGUUGAUGUUUAAUUGCUAUAACUAUAUGGUAUUUGAAUCAUAUUGUCUUCAACCAAGGGUGUAGGAUCAUUAGUUGUAUUUUUGCUCUUAAAAUCUGAAUAUUGUAAGAGAUAAUUAACCAUCUGGUUUACAAUUCUAUCACAUAUAUAAGAUUUUGAU